GGUACUACUAGGAUGCGUGAUUUACUUCAACAUGGGGGUGGAGCAGGUGGGCCAAGCGGGGCGUCUCCUUCUAUGAUGGGCAUGAAUACUGGUACUGGAGGUGGAGCAGCCCAUCAGCAUCUUCGUGGCGGUGCGAACCGAGGUUCGACUUCGAGCCCUCGAGACGAUGUCCAUCAGCCGCCAUCAAUGCAGACACUUGGAUUCCACCACAUUGCGAAAGUCGUGCCAGCGAGCGGGAUGAUGAAGCUGAGCAAAAUCGCAGAAGAACAAGAAGAUGUUGAGGAAAACUACGAGGAAAGAGUUGCAGUACCCGAAGGUGAAAUGAGAAGUAGAAGUGGAUAUCAGCAAGAACAUGGAACUCCUGACGCUGACUACUUUGCACAGCUUAACCAAGAGCAUUUAGAGCUGCCGCUACCCUUUGCGCACCAAG